GUGCACGUGGUGUGUGUGUGUAUGUGUGUGUUUGUGUCUGUGUGUGUGUGAAGGAGUCUGUGUGUGUGUGUGAAUGUGUCUCUGCAUGUGUGUAAAUGAGUGGGUGGGUGACUGUGUAACUUAUAAUGUCCUAUAUCCAUGCAUAUUUGUGUAAAGAACAAAUACUUCACAUGAUAGUCAGCACAUAUCCUGAUGAAUAUUUUAUAUUUACCAUCCUGUUCAAUGUCCAGUCAAGGUAACUGAUUGUCAUAUGACUCACACCAAGUCAAAGUACAGGGUAGACUAUUUGAGUUACAACAACUCGUGACGCAGCUCUAAAGUAGAGGAACAACAUUUGAGCUCAGCAGGGCCAAGGAGAGAAGACGCCCCACAAGUCUGAAGUUCUGUCUUCAAAAGAACUUGGCACAAACCAGGAAGUUUUUGUGCAGAUAAUUUGGAACCCCGGUUGUGGCUGCCAGCUGUGAAUCUUCUCUGCAUCACUAUAAUCUAGGUUUGACAACCCAGCUGACGAGUCUCUAACCCAAUAGUUGACGGGUGUCAGUCUUCACAGCAUCAGUAUCGAGGUACUGCAUGAUGGGUAAGCCAGCAGGUGUGCUGAUGUUCCUCCUGGUCAUCCUUAAGGUGUUGGGAACAGCAGAAGCUGAUUGCAGCUGCACAGCUUGGUUCAUUUCAGUCUGUAACUGCAGAUAUCAGGGCCUCACCAGUGUUCCUCAGGACCUGCCGACAACCAUCACAUGGCUGGAUUUGGGAGGGAAUCAAAUCACAACGUUAAGUCAGUCUGAUUUCUCACGUUAUAGGAGCUUAGAGACUUUAUGGCUUGGUUUCAAUAACAUUUCUACCAUCAACAGCCAGGCAUUCUAUCACCUGUCAAACUUGACCACAUUAUCGCUUUCAGGUAACAGUCUAACAAUCCUCAGACCUGACAUGUUUGUAGCUGGAAACUUGGAGGAACUUUAUCUGCGCGGUAAUGACAUCAGUGAUAUUCAGGCUGGAACUUUCAAUUCAACACCACAACUGAGAAGCUUGCACCUGUAUAAUAACAAGUUAACCCUCAGAUCUGACAUGUUAACAGGGCUGGGAAACUUGACAACCUUCAUCUAUAUGAUAAUGACAUUACUGAUAUUCAGGCUGGAACUUUUGAUCAUACACCACAACUGAGAAAGUUUGCACCUGUCUAACAACACGUUAACACACCUCAGAUCUGGCAUGUUCACAGGGCUGGGAAACUUGAAGUACCUUUAUCUAUAUGAUAAUGACAUUACUGAUAUUCAGGAUGGAACUUUUAACUCAACACCACAACUGAGAAAGUUGAACCUGGGUUAUAACAAGUUAACACACCUUAGAUCUGACAUGUUCACAGGGCUGGGAAACUUAGUGCCACUUGAUUUAGACAAUAAUAAGAUCACUGAUAUUCAGGCUGGAACCUUCAAUUCAACACCACAACUGAGAAAGUUACACCUUCGUUAUAACAAGUUACCAACCCUCAGAUCUGACAUGUUAUCAGGGCUGGGAAACUUGGAGUACCUUUAUCUAUAUGAUAAUGACAUUACUGAUAUUCAGGCUGGAACUUUUGAUCAUACACCACAACUGAGGUACUUGGCCCUGCAUAACAACAAAUUAAUAACCCUUAGAUCUGGCAUGUUCACAGGGCUGGGAAACUUGGGGGCCCUUUCGCUAGGCAAUAAUGAGAUCAGUGAUAUUCAGGCUGGAACUUUUAACUCAACACCACAACUGAGUUACUUGUUCCUGUACAACACCCAAAUUCAAACCAUUCCAUCCAACUCGCUGACAAGUCUGAUGCAACUGAGGUUCCUGAAACUGUCUGACAACAGCAUCACAACAUUUCCCUUUGAUGAGUUGUCAAGACUUCAAAGACUUUAUCAACUUGACCUUUACAAUAACCAACUGACAACCCUUCCCUCUAUUGCCUAUGACAUACUUUCAUCCAUCUCUACUGUAAUCAUUGGCAACAACCCCUGGCAGUGUGACUGUAGGAUGGUGGGCUUUAGGUUGAAAAUGAACGGGUCUUAUCCAUUUGAAAACCAGAUCACUUGUUCCCAACCUGACAACCUCCAUGGGCUAGAGCUUAAACAUGUCAGUCCUGAAGAUCUGAUUUGUGAAGAUCCAACAACUGGUUUGAUGUCCCCAGUUACUUCCCCUCCACCUACCACAGUAGCUACGGAGAUCCCAGAACCCAGUACUGUCCAGAACUCUUCUAUAACAUCUUCACCUGUUUCUGGUGUCUUUUCACCUUGAAAACAAACCGACCCUGCGCUCACUUUGUCCCUACUUGGUCUUCACUUCUUGGUGCUGUUUUUGGUUCAGUAGCUGGUGCUGUCCUCAUCAUCAGUGGCAUCUAGCCUCCGUAGCUAGGCUUAUAGAACUGGGGGCUUAUAGGCUGUUUUCUGAUUAGCCCAGUUCAACCAGGCCGGCUAUGUUGUCUAUAUGCAAUCAGAAAAUAGCACGUAAAAGCUCCCAAAGACCCUGAAGACCCCCAAACCCCCAGUUUUUGGCUUGCUAUGCGGAGGCUAGGUGGCAUCAUUUUCACAGUCAGGCAGUGCAAAAGGAA